UUUCUCUUUGGCGUUCACGAACCACACAAAAAAGUUUAGGGACUUUUUUAUUCCAGCAAGCAAGCUUAGCUUUGACGCCGCGAUAUAGCGCAGGAUUGAUAUCGAAAAAUCGUUUGGUUGGCUUGCAGCUAAUCAACGUUUUUGUUGUCGCAAAAUUUUGAUCGUUCAUAUGCUUUAGAGACUCUAUCGAAGCAAGUUGAUUAAAGUAAAGGUGCUUCGCUGCAUUGUGGAGCUGCGUGUUUUGCUUUGCUUGCAUCUUGCACAAAAGGGACCCGGGUGUGCAUGCGCAUGCGCAUGCGGGCAACAUCCAAAACCAACAUUUUUCUUUUGUGUGGUAGCUGGUAUGGCUGGUAGUAGAAACUCUUGUUUUUUACUCUCUUGUUUUGUGUGUAUGUUGUUUGGCUAUCACCAAAGACAUGUCCAUAUCGGGCCAUUGAGAUUGGCAGUCGUUGUCGGUCAAUUUGGGCAUCCAAUCCCAUCCCUUGUCAUCGGUUGUGGCAUCUAUAAUUGUCCAAAAAAAACUUUUAUUUAUUUAUUUGGUUGUCACACUAUUGUGCAGCAGGAGAAGCGGCAUUGGCAUUGGUAUUGGCGGGAAAUACCAUCAUCACAAUCAUCAUUAUUAUUAUUAUUAUUUUAUUCCAGAGUGGCUACUACAAUUCCACACGUUAAUAUAUAUUUGACACAUGCUUUGGGCCCGUGUGCCUCUCUCCACUCGGUGUUUUCCCCAUCUUUCUUUUUUUUUUAAAUUUUUUUCUUCAUCUAAUAUUUUUUAUUUGGCCUACCAGUGCUUUUUUCUUUUC